GAAAGAAAGAAGGAAGGCCGGGAAGAAAGAGAGAGAAAAGAAGGAAGGAAGAAAGGAAGAAAAAGAAAUUCAUAGACUAUCAGAGUGGAGACAGCCCACAGAGAUCAUCUAGUCUUUUUCUCAUUUUACAAAGAAAGACACUGAGGCUAGAGAGAGGGGAAGUGACACAAAGAACAAUAAUAACAACAGUUUUUAUUUCCAGAACACUUCAUUUGGACAAAGCACUUGCCUGCAUCCCUGGGAAUUAAAUAAUAUAAAUCUUAUUCUCUCCACUUUUACAAAUAAGGAAACUGAAGUGCAAAGAGGUCAGAUGGUUUACCCAAACUCGCAGAGCUGGUGUUUGAACCCAGAGCCUCAAACCCCAAAUCCAGUGAAUUUAUCUAUACUCUUAUGGUGCCUAAGAUUGAGAUCAUAGAUCUUCAACUGAAUGUUGGGACUUGGGGGGGACUUUAGAGAAUGCCAGGGUUGGGAGAGCCCUUAGAAUACAGAAUGUUAAUAUGAGUGUCCUUAGGACAGAAAAUGUCAGAGUUGGAAAAGACUUUAAAAUAGAGAAUAUUAAGGAUGAUGGCAAGAACCUUAGAACCUAGAAUGACAGAAAUGGGAGAGCCUCUGAGAUCAUCUGGUCCAACUCUUUCAUUUUACUGAUGAAGAAAUAGGUUCAGAAAGAUCCCAUGAUGGGCUCAAAGCCAACUCAGGUAGUCAGUAACAGAUCUGGGGCUUGAAUUCACGUCUUUGACUGCCAGUCCAGUGCCCUUUCUAGUACAAACCUGAUGAUGUGUAGUUGAGAUACCUCAGUUCAAAUGCUGGCUGCCACUUUCCAGUUGUGUGUACCUCUCUGAGCCUCAAUUUAGGCCCCUGCAGAGAAAAGAGAUUAGAUUUGAUGAACUCUGUGCCUCUGUGAUGGUGAGCUGACAUCAUGACCUUGUCCCCAGGCUGACAGCCUAUGUUGUAAAGGUAUUCUCCAUGGCCACCAACCUCAUAGCGAUCGAUGCCCUGAUCCUCUGUGGUGCAGUCAAAUGGCUUAUCUUGGAGAAGCAGAAACCAGAUGGAAUGUUCCAGGAGGAUGGCCCAGUGAUCCACCAGGAGAUGAUUGGCGGCUUCAGGGGUGGGGAGGCUGAUGCCUCACUCACAGCCUUUGUGCUCAUCGCUCUGCAUGAAGCCAAAGACAUCUGUGGAGGCCAAGUCAAUAGCUUGGAAGGCAGCAUCAACAAAGCAGGUGACUACCUGGCAGGCAGAUAUCAGGCCCUGAAUCGGCCCUACACUGUGGCCCUGGCUGGCUACGCCCUGAGCCUGCUGGAGCGUUUUGAUGAACCCAAAGUAAACAAGUUCCUGAGUGCUGCCAAAGAUGGCAACAGCUGGCAAGAGCAAGGCCAACAGCUAUACAAUGUGGAGGCCACAUCCUACGCACUCCUGGCCCUUCUGAAAAUAAAAGAUUUUGACACCAUCCCUGGCGUAGUUCGAUGGCUCAAUGAGCAGAGAUACUAUGGAGGUGGCUAUGGGUCCACCCAGGCUACCUUCAUGGUGUUCCAGGCUCUGGCCCAGUACCAGCAGGAUAUUCCUGAUCACCAGGAGCUAAACCUGGAUAUUUCUGUUCAUCUGCCCAGUAGGAGCUCAGCCAUCACCUACCGUAUCAAUUAUGAGUCUGCCAGCCUGUUGCGGUCAACUGAGACCAAAACAAAUGAAGACUUUACUGUGAAGGUCAAAGGAAAAGGACAAGGCACAUUGUCGGUAGUGACAGUGUAUAAUGCCAAGUUAAAAGAUGAAGGAGUGUGUAAGAAGUUUGAUCUGAGGGUAACCAUUAAACCAGAAGAAGGAAAUGGUAAGGUGUUCCCUGCCUUCAUAG